AUGCUCAACUAUCGUGCACCUUAUUCUUGCUCAGACCCAGCAUCUGCUGCUACCAUCUCUCCACCACAACCUCUAGACCACAGAUCUCAUUUACACCAUCAUAAUCAUCACCAUCGUACUCAUAAUCACCAUCGUCUAAGCAGUCAUCAUAGACAAUUCCAUGAACCUGGAACUGUUGAUUCAGCUUCAACUCCAGGUGCCCGUUUUGAGCGUCGUGACUUGGCUUCUUCUCCAUGUUCACCCUCAACUUUAGUAUCUAAAAUGAGUCAACUCCUCAAAUCAUCAAACCCUACAGCUUCUUGUGCAAUCCCCACAUCUACAAGCUCUUGCCAAAUAUCCUCAUCUUCUUGUAACCCUUCUUCCUCAGAACCUUCUCAUGAAAAUCAACACUUGCUCUCUCGAGCAGUCUCUACAUCAGUUGUAUCAUCAUCAUCAUCAUCAUCAUCAAGCUCAAUGCGCGCAACUGUUAUUUGUACAGCCACGGAUUUUGCCCUGAGACCAGCUCGUACAACAGGCUCGGGUGAGCGCGGACCAGACGGCAAGCUCCGGUUCUGGUGUCCGACGCGUCCUGGUCGUGCUGCAAUGGGAGCUGCCGUCAAUAAACGUGCAGCUCACAGGCAUACUCCUCCUCCUCAUUUAUUACAAGGUGUUGGUUUAUUUGUGGAGGAUGAUGAAGAUGAAGAUGAUGAAGAUAAUGAUGAUGAGUAUAGUGAAGAAGAAGAAGAUGAUGAUGAUUAUAGUGAAGAUGAUCAAGAUGAUGAGGAUAAUGAUGAUGACAAUGUAUAUGAGACAGACGUGGCGCUGGCGUCGCGGGUGUCGUGUGUGAGCAGUGGAGGCCCCGGCCCUGCAAACGACGACGACGACGACUGUAUUUUCAGCAGUGAUUGA